AUGGCAGCCCCAGAGGGCAAAGCGUACACGCUCGCCCGUUCUCGCGCAGGCCUGUUCUUCUCCCUGCGAGCGCACCGGGGAUGCCGGAGCCCAAGGUGCGGGCGGAGCUGGCGCUGGGGCCCUCGCAGCGUGCGUGGCUGGCGGGGCGCGCCGACGCCCACGGGCUGCCCGACGUCGGGAAGGCCGUCCGCUGCUGCAUCAACUUUUCGAAAACCGGCGCAGAGGGACUGGCGGCGCUGGAGCAGGCGUCGCCCGACGAGCCGGGGGCGGCGCAGGGGGUCGGUGCCAGCACGGAAUCGAACCGCACCCGGCGAGGGCCGCUCGGAGGCUGUCGAGCCGCUGUCUGUAGAGUUGGCUCCAGACCAGUAUGCUUUUUGGCUGUGCGACCUCGCCGUCGCGCACCACGGCGGGGACGCGUCCCUGGCCGCCGCCGCCGUGCUGCGCGCCUGCGCGGAGCGCGCGGACGACCGCGAGGUGUUCGGGGUGAUCCGCUGCAAAAGCGCGACGCCGUCGACGUGCGACGGGUACUUGGACGCGGUCCAGAGACAACAGGGCAGCGGCGCGCCCGAGGGCCCGGCUACGGGCGGCGCGCCCGCGGCGGCCUGA